CAGCCCAUGUUCAUCAUUAGUUAUUAGUUUUCCCUGCAGCCCAAACAACCCAAAUAAGUGAAUAACAAGCCCAAACAACCCAAAGUGAAUAACAAUCUCCCGCCCGACUCCUCAUUACCAUUAUUCAUUAUUAGCUUCCCCUGCAAGUUUGGAACCAAAAAGAAAAAAGAAGACCAACAGUCUCGCUGAUCGCUGCUCCUGCUCGUCCCAAGAGGUAAAAUCUUUUUGCUCAAAACAUGCCAUAGAGGUGCCUAAUAUGAAUGCUACACUUGGACGUGGUGAGAAGCAAACAACUCUUGAGCACCGCUACCAUUUUGAAUACUUUAAUCAAUGCAUAGAUUUUCAGUUGGGAACAUUGAAUUCAAGAUUCAAUGAGUCCUCAGUCAGAUUGCUUCAAUUGAGUGGUGCACUAGACCCUAAAAGUUCUUUCCGGUCUUUUGAUGAAGAAAAUAUUUACAGACUUGCUGAAGAGUUUUAUCCUCGAGACUUUGAAGGCAAUGAGAUGAAUUGUUUGAAGAAUGAGCUAGGAUAUUAUGCCGAUCAUGUGGUUCAUAGUCAAGAAUAUGAUGUUUCUUCCCUUGCAAAAUUACUAGAGAAGCUGGUGGAAACAGGGAUGGUCGCACGGUACAGAUUGAUUUGUCGGUUGAUUCGUCUAGUGUUGACAUUGCCUGUUUCAACGGCUACUACAGAGAGAUCCUUUUCAGCAAUGAAACAUGUGAAGACUGAUUUGCGCAACAAGAUGGGCGAUGAAUUUCUUGCUGAUUGUUUAACUAUUUUCUUUGAGAGAGAGUAUGUUAUUGGUAUGGAUGAAGACUCAAUUAUUGACGAAUUUUCUAAAUUAAAAGACCGUCGUGUACAAUUGACAUUGUAAUGCAAACUAUAAUUUUUUUUUUGUUUACGGUAUCUAAUUUUAUGUUCGAAUCCGGCCCAGUGCACUUUUAUAUCCUGGAUCCGCCGCUGCCGUUAAAAUACAUGUUAGAUAUUUUAACAUGGUUCCACAACUUUUAUAAAAUACAACAACUAAUAUAACACUAAUGGUGAUUUGCAUAAUUUUUUUUUUCUGAUGGGAAUUUUCAAAUUUGCAUGUAGAUAUUUUGGUGCGAUUUGACCUAUUGGCCCACGAGAAGAGAAAAGCAAAUGAAAGGACCCGCAUGCAUGCGUUGCAUUGGCCAGUGGCCCAGCGCAGCGGUGAAAAAGGCAACUUGGACUUGGUCCCCAGCCAGUAUCCAACUACUUUUCGUUUUUUUGUCGGAAGUCGGAACAGAUCCUCUCUGAGGCAACUCGAAGUUGGGGAAGAGGAAUGUUGAAUGGGCUUCGGGCCCAUGGUCGUUCAAUAUCUGGCCCAGAAGGACUUCUGUUUGGGAUGAGUACAGGAUUUUUUUUAUACGAGUGUAUUCCCAUCCCCAGCGUCGAGUUUUUAUUUGGGUUUUUUUACAAAGGGAUACUUGUAUUGUAUUGCACUUUGAAUGAUCGAUUACAAGAGAACCAACAAAGCAAACCAAAAAUAGAACAAGGACAGAGAAACAUAAGCACAUAGAUGCUCAAUCAACGCUUCAGAGAUACAACAAGAAGAGCACAAAACCCAGAAAGAGUCAUCCAACAAAGGAUCUGAAACACUUGAACCAAAAUCAGUAUACACCGAAAGCUCUCUUGCAAGCAAAACAAACGAAGUAGCACCAAGCGCAAACAGCUCGUCCGAUCCGACCGAGUCCAUGACGAUUGAACACAAUGUCAUUAGCCGCCUCCGGGGAGUCGCUCGAAGACGCUCAACACAGUGAACUCACGGGUGAGAGAUUACAUGGCGGUGGACAUAGAUGAGGAUCGAAAUGCUCCGAGCUGAAGAGGCAGGGGAUGACGAGGCUCCAAGACUUGGUCAAGGGAAGCAGAAGAACCCAGAUCCCCCCAUCAAAGAACUGAACCCCACGAGCAGCAAGGCUAGACACUGCAAUCCAUCCUCCGUCGGCCACCUAGAUGCAGAACAACCACCUGGGAAGAACGAAGGGGAAAACCAGAGAAUCGAUUCACCACAUAAGCUGUUAAACCAACCAUCAUGAGAGAAGACCCAAGAUGCAUAACCCAGCCCCAAAGGAGAGCAAAUCCCAGCAAAAAACCCUAGAACCGGGGAGCGAAAUGCCAAGAAUGGCUUGAAAAGCUUGAAAGCUGAAAAAGCAUAGUGAAAACAACAAAAACAAAGACAGGGAAGUAAAAAGAGGUAGCAUGAAGAAAGAAAAGGGGAUAGGCUACCGCCGGUCACCAAGAGAUGCUGGCGGCAGCCUUGGGGAGCUUCAGAGCGAGAGGAAAGGUAGAGAGAGAUUAGAGCAAAUUUUUAAUUAAAGUUAGAGCGAGUCGAGUUUUUAUUUGGGUUAGCGGCUAAAUUGGUGCAUAAAUUAAAGUACUUCGUAAAGCGCAAUAAGCCCUUAUAUAUGGCGUUCUAAACAAAUUGACCCUUCUAAAUAACACCCCGUUAAACAUUUGCUAAAUAAAUUAUAAAUGAGUUCGAAUAGUGAUACGCCAUAUAAUUGUUUAUCACUAAAAUUCACCUUGUACCACAUCAAUUAAACCCAAGAGAUUAAAUGGUUUUAUAAGGCCAACUUAAUUAUAACAAUUAAAAUCAAUUAAGAUGGGUCACGGGGAUUGGAUUUUUGGGCCCAUGGCACCCAUGCCAAACCCACUCUGCGUGCCACCCUUGCCAUCAAUUCCAAAAUUUGGCUAAGUGUUGGAACCACCCCAGCACUUGGCAAGGGGGUGGGCAUCAUACCGCCACCCCCAUGACAUGGUGGGGGGGGGGGGGGGGGAGGGGGUGUGAUGACCGACUCCACGUCAGCAUAUCAGUUUCUUGGGACAGUUACUUCUGGUGGCUAUAAAUAGGAGGUAAAGUUGACAGAGAAGGGGUUCGCCAAAAUCACACAAGACAACACAAUGUCAACUUUUAUCCUUUUAUCCUUUCCUCUGCAAAUUUAGCCAUAGUUUUAGUUCUGGAGCUCUCACUGAACCUCCAUAGGAGUAGAGUUAAUGUAAUUUGCCUCGUAGAUCAUCAAGAACAUCGAACACCCUUGUUUGCACUUUGUUCAAAGAGGUGGAUCGUGUUUGUUAAUCGUUUGUUUGGAAGUAAAAAAGGUGCAAAAAUCAAUUCUCUGUUCAUCUAGUUUUUAUCGCUGGGAAAACAAUAAUAAAGAGACCAAAAUGUCAGGAGCUUAUCGUAAUGCAAGAUGGUGGGUCAUAAUAAGAGUGGGGGAUUAAACCACUAAUACCAUCGAAAUCACGUAGCUUGGCAAUACGUUUUGUUUUGAGGUUUAACCGCAAUCGAACAAAAGAAGGAAUAACUGAUCAACUGACCGCAAUUAACAAUUCAACUAGGCCUCCACAACAUGUUGUAGCAUCUUUAAUCAAUAGUUUCUAAGUAUGAUCAAUAAAGAUUGUGAGUGAAUGACGUAAAUUCCAAAAAUCAAUAGGUACUUGAGCUUCCAAACCCACCAUCCGCACAUAACUAACAAUUAGUACGACUGGCAAAAUAUUAAACUAGUUGCUACGGUGAACCGUUUUUCGGCGCGGUUUCAGUUGACGAUCAUGACUUAUAGCUUUGUUUUAAUUGUUAACUGCAACUAACAAUAAAUUUUGGUGCACUUAACGUCAACCAUACCGCGUUUCCCAGUCCUAGAUCGUAGUGAUGGCAAUUUCAACCCGCCUCGCGGGUAUUACCCGACCUGACUAGCGAUGGGGGCGGGUAUUACCCGAUCCACAGUAGCGUGGAGCGGGAUAUGGGUAUCUACUUUCGACCCGCCCUGCCCCGCCCGCCCCAUUUUAGACUCAAUUUCUUACAAUUUCUAUACAUAUUUCUCCUAUUUUGACUUUUCUUCAACUAGUUAGAGUCGCUCUUUCAACUUGUUAGACUCAAUUACCCAUUCUAUUAUCACUAUUUUUCAUUCUUAAAGUGUUUUUCCCUUCGUUUUAUCGUAAAAAGUAAAAUUUAUUUCUAUUUUUUCCGAAUAACAUGUAAUAUUGGGU